AUGAGAAGAGUUUAUCUGCCCCACAGUAACGAGACUCUCCUGUCCGCUGGACUCGUGAGCGCCCCCUGUAGUGUGGACCUGCAGCAGUACGCUUGCUCUUCGCUGACAGGCUUCACUGCUGGAAACCUGGCUGGACUCCUGAAGUGUCAACUAUCCAGCAGCAGCAGUUACUCCAAGGAGAUCUGGAAACUGCUUUUCACCAAAGCAAAUGAUGUUCUGGACGAAGCCCUCGUCAUCUUCUCCAGCGCAGCAGCAAAUAUGUCUCAGACAAUCAGAGGUGAUGUUGUGUCCCAAGUGCUGGAUGUGAUUGGAGAGCUGAGACAAGAGCGCAUCAGUCCUGACCAAUGGAGAGACCUCCCUUUCAUCAGCAUGUUGUUGGGUCAAUAUCUGAAGCCGUUUUUACCGUUUGCGUCAUCAUCCCUACUGCAGUGCACUAGCAGCAAAAACCUCAGCUGCCAAACUUACCAGCACAUUCUGUCAGAGGUCACACUCGUCAAUGAGUCUCAAGGAAGAAACAUGGUGAACUUCUUCAUCCUGCCCUUCCUCAGAAGAAACACAACAGAUGCGGGCUGUGUGUUGACUGCUAACAACAGUGUUGAGUGGCUGCAGAAGAACUUUGGCCCAUUCUCUCA